AUGGGUUCCUGGGUUCGGGGCGCCACUCACGGCCACAGUGAUGAAGGUCAUGGCGACGAAGGUCACGGUGUGGGCAUUCGGGCAGACGAUGUCCACUCUUGUGGUCCAGGAACGCCACCUAUGGCACCCAUCUCGAGGUCUGCCUUUUCGAGAUCAACACACGCUCUGAAGAUGACAGCAUCUGUACGAUACAUCAGGAAACUGUUUGGUAAAAGCAGCUGCGCGUCUAACAACCUGCUGAACACCGAACACAAAACACAGAAGAGCACAAAUGAUCACAAAACCACCAAAAACAAACAUGAAAGAAACGUAGAGAGUCCUAAACGGAACGUACAGCAGACCCGAGACAAUACAGAGCAUUGCAUAUGGAAAAGUGUCAUUUUAAGAAGAAAAGAACAUGAGACCUUUGGGUUUGACAUCCAGACAAGCAGUGAUGAGAGAACGGUCAGCCCCGAGCAGGAUUUGGGCUCAUGUGCGUGUUGGGUAAAAGAGAACAGUCUCGCAGAGAGUUGUGGGUUAAUGACAGGUGAUGCUAUUGUCACAGUCAACAGUGAAUACACCGCAGGAUUCACUCAUCAGAAAAUCAAGGAUCUGAUUCAAAAUUCCUCUUUCUUAAAGAUGGAGAUAAUCGGGGGUGCUACAGUAAAACACAGACAGCUGUAUGAGAAGCUGUAUCUCCUGCAGCGACAGCUUACUGAGAAACACGAAGAGCUUCAGACACUCAUCACACAGGAAGCGCGUCUGGGAGGAGGUACCACGGAAAGCAUCCAAGAAACCUUCAUACGGGAUCUCCUUAUACCCUCUGCUGAUUGAUUGAUUGAUUGAUUGAUUGAUAAGGAGGCAGCUACAAUAGCAGAACUGUCCUGUAAAGACUUCAAAAUGGGACUUGUGUGAGUCCAGUAAGAAGAAUCAUGGCCCCCACAAGAGAUCCGUUCAUGACAGGAACCCAACCUUUCUUAAAACGCUGCCCUACAGUCCAACCAGCAGAGCAUUACUUUUAAAUAAUCUUAUCUACUAAGUCUGUUGACUGUAUUUCUGUACUCAGUUUGUUGAUUGGUUGAAUAGUGAAUGGAAAUGUUGAUGAAUGAUAUGGAAUAAUUUAACUAGUUUAGUUUAGAGGUGAAGUGUGUAAUUUCGGGGCCACUAGCAUCACUAUAUGGACUUGGAAAAAUGAUAACUUUUCAAAUAAGUUUCCCACACAGAUAGGCUUUUCCCAAACUCAUUCCAUAGGUUGAGCCUAAGUUGGGAUGGUUGGGAUGCUCAAACUAACUGCAGAGCCACAACAGUGUUUGCACUUUUUAAGGGUGCAACCUAAAAAUGGCUUACUAAUAGCCAUAGCAAAUAGUCUUUGCAAGUUAAAGGAAUGUUCCGGGAUUAGUACAAGUUAAGGUGUGGCAUAAUGUUGAGUCAUCCCUUGUUUAAGCAAAUAGGAAAAUAGUGGUUACAGUGCAGCACAUACAAUGGAAGUAACUGGGGUCAGUCCAUAAACGUUAAAAUACACACUGUUUUCAACGUCACAAGACAUUAAUUGAUUUUAGUGUGAUAAACUCACUCCCUAACCUUAUCUGUGUAAACUCAUUUCAAAUAUUACAACUUUGUUGUCAUGAUGAGGUAAUUCCUGAAACCCUGUAAAUGAUUUUAUCACACUAAAAUCAUGUAGUGCAGAUAUUUAAUCACACUAAAGUAUGUUUUAACACGUAGAAUGUUUACAUCUUGUGGCUAAACUUUUGAAACAGUGUGUACUUUGGUGUUUAUGGGCUGGCCCCAUUUAAUUCUACUGUAAGUGCCUUAGUGAGACUUAGUGGGAAUCAUUUUCGGAGGUAAAUUGCAAUCAACAUUAUGUUACAAAUGCUGUCGAUUGUUCUUUACUUGUACUGAACGAGGAAUAUUCUUUUAAGCUGGGAUGGAAUAUACAUCGUUCAUUUUAGUACCUGU